AUGGAAGAGAUAAAAGGCGAGGGGAAGGACCGCAGGAACAUGGUGGGGCCGAUGACCCCCUUCUUCAUUCGCUACACGCACAAGGCCUCCAAGAAGAUGCAGCUGCAGGCCCUGCUCAAGGAGCGGCUGAGCACCUCCUCCUCCAAGAACAGCACCUCACAGCUGGUCGGCGACCGCACCGCUUACAUCAUCCCGAUCAAGAACUCCAAGGACAUCUACUCCCUCAUGGUCGAGGAGUGCAGCAAGGAAAUGCUCAAGUACCAGGCCGAGGAGGACGAGGUCCAGGUCACUGGCCACCAGAAGGUGCUGUCCGUUGAGGGGCUGUCCACCUGCGCCCCCAAGCUGGCCUCCCGUCCCCGCGAGCCCACGCCUCCAGUUGUCUGCGAAAGGCGUGAAAAUUGCGAACGGCCUGUGCGAGUUCACAAGCGAGUGGAAUCACGCCUCGAAAAAACCAACGAGCCCGAACAACAAAAGCCCCGGCGGCAGACCAUCACCAAAGCUCGGCGCAUGGCUACUGUCGACCCCAAGGACCUGGCCUUCGUGAUGUACUUCUCGAAGUACCAGGAGCUGCUGCUGAAGGUCAACUACUCAAACCGGCUGAGGGUGCAGCCUGAGGACAGCCCGGGCUGCCCGCGGAAGGUGUACGUGGGGAGGGGCAACAACUCUAUGCUGAUAAAGUCGGUCAUGAAGAAGCGCUGGUGGUGGGAGGUCAGGGACACGAUGGACUCGGAUGUCAAUUUCGUAUGGACGCAGCUCAAGGUGCCGGAGGUCCACAAGGAGCAGCGUGCGCACGGCCUGCCUUCCCUGGGGAAGCCUGCCGGCACGCCCGUCUACGAGGACCUGAUGGUCGCCAGCCUGCAACAGACACUAUUCCGGUCGCUGGACAGCCCCUCGCAAGUGAUGCACAACCACCUGCCGCAGAACUACGUGCUGGGCAACAAGAAGGCCCUGCUUCUGACGCUGGUGCGGCACUUCGAGGCCAAGAAGCAGGCUCUGCCCGAGUACGUGCCCCUCUCCUUCCACAUAACGCAGGGCCUGGACGACCCCUAGUUCAGCAGAUUCAUCAAGAGCUAUUACGGGGCGAUCAAGGCGCACAAGCGGGGCGGGCUGUGGAUCAUGAAGCCGGGGGAGCUGACCAACCGGGGCAACGGCAUCACAGUCCACGAAAAGCCUGACACUAUCAAGGCCAUCUUCCGGGCCCACGAGAGGCACGCCAACGGCCAGCUGGUCACCUACAUCGUCCAGAAGUACAUCGAAAACCCCCUGCUCUACAAAGGCCGCAAGUUCGACAUCCGGCACUACCUGCUGGUCACCAGCGUGAACGGGCUGCUCAAGGGCUACUGGUACGAGGAGGGCUACAUCCGCACCUCCUCCCUCGAAUUCUCACUCAAGAACUUCAACCCCCUCAUCCACCUCACCAACGACGCCGUCCAGAAGGAGGCCGACCACUACGGCCGCUAUGAGCGGGCCAACAAGCUGUCUUAUGACGAGUUCGAGGCCUACCUGGCUCAUCUCCGGGGCAGAAGCUUUAUGGGCGAGGUCCUGCCCAAACUUAAGGCCAUUGCCGUCGAGACUGUCCGGGCGGGGUGCGCCGGUCUGGACCCCGACCGCAGGGCGCAUAACUUUGAGCUGUUCGGGCUGGACUUCAUGCUGGACGACCAGCUGCGGCCCUACCUGAUCGAGGUCAACAGCAACCCCUGUCUGGAGCUGGCGUGCCCCCUGCUGAACCGGCUGAUCCCUGAGCUGGUGGACAACCUGUUCCGGAUCACGAUCGACCCGGUCUUCCCCCCGCCUCUAAAGUGGCCAUCCGUGCGCAAGGCCAACAUCAAGGACAACUCCUUCAAGCGCAACCGCUUCCAGCU